ACUCAAUUAGGUAGCGAGAAGAAAGAGCAGUCUCGAGUUUUCUUUUCAUUUUCUUCUAAUUAAUAUUAUAUGUUAAAACCAAUAGCAUAGCGCUGCCCUAAUUAGAAAUGGCCCAAAUUGGUGUCUGUUGUGUGUGUAUCUUUGCUUAGGUGUUAUAGCAGCGGUUCUUGGAUUAGUCGCAGCAUAUCAAGUGAAAUCGCAAGUGAAAUUGGAAAGGAUGACAAUGACGACGAAGACAGGUAGGUGCUUUUCUCUAGUUGUGGCUAUUGAAGUGGUGCUUGCAAUAGUGGCUCUUGUGGGCGAUCAAAUGGUGGCUACAGCCAUUUUUAUUGCUGACGGACCAAAUGGUGAUCAGAAUGCUCGACCAAACCGUAUCAAACUAAUACUCAAAAUCUUAAUUGGCUGGAACUUGGUCACGAGUGCAGGAGGAGGAUUUUUACUGGUUCUUGAAUUUAUUCACAUGCUAAAAGGACAAAAAUGCGGGACUUUGGUGCACUUCAAGAUAUUACUCGCAGCAGGAAUCGUUUGCUUUGCUCGAUUUUUCGGUGUCUUGUUUUACUAUGUGAUUGCCAUAUUGAAUCAAGACUCCUCUAACGUUUCCAAUCGUGCGCCUUCAAUGUUUAGUUUGUCAAUGGGAAGGUCAAUAGUUUGGUAUUCAAGGAGGUAGAUUUUUAUACUGAUAUCAUUUUUAAAUUUGGAGUGGGUCCAAAUCUAUAUUACCCAUCUUCGAUCAAACAAUGAUGGUAUUCUCCCUGUCACUGCUGCUUCAAUUCCAUUGGCCGAUGGAUAGUGUGUGUCUCAAAGUGUGUCUUGAGUUAAUUUUAUGACAAUGUAAUGUUUGAUUCAUCUUUCACUUUGUCCA